UCCAUGUCAUCUGUGCCCACAUGCUUCAAGACCACCACCAUAGUGCCCCUCCCAAAGAAAAACAAUAUAACAUGCCUGAAUGACUAUCACCCAAUUGCACUCACUUCAGUUGUAAUGAAGUGUUUUGAGAGGAUAGUCAUGUCACACAUCAAAAAGGACAUCCCAGACACAAUAGACCCCCUUCAAUUUGCAUAUCGUCAGAACCGUUCAACUGAUGAUGCCGUCAGUGCGGCCAUCCACACAGUCCUGUCACACCUGGAACACAGGGACACCUAUGUUCGAAUGCUGUUUGUGGACUACAGUUCAGCCUUCAACACUGUCAUCCCCAGCAGACUGACUGAAAAGCUCUCCACCCUUGGACUGACAUCCUCCCUCUGCUACUGGGUCCUAGACUUUCUCACAAAUAGACCCCAGGCUGUCAGAGUUGGUACCAGAACAUCCAGCACCAAGACAGUGAGCACAGGGACCCCCCAAGGCUGUGUGCUCAGUCCACUCCUGUACACCCUCUUCACCUACGAUUGCACCCCCUCCCAGAGCAACACUUCCGUCAUCAAGUUCGCUGACGACACCAGUGUCAUUGGGCUGAUCACCAGCAGAGAAGAGAGAGCCUACAGGGAGGAGGUGGCUCAGCUGGUCUCCUGGUGCCAGGAAAAUAACCUCUCCUUGAAUGCUGAGAAGACCAAGGAGAUGAUUAUUGACCCGAGGAAGAGGAGGAGAGACCAGCACGCCUCGCUGCACAUCGACGGGACACAGGUGGAGAGGGUGAAAACAUUUAAAUUCCUUGGAACUCACAUCAGUGAGGAUCUCACCUGGACACACAACACACAGCAGACCAUCAAGAAGGCUCAACAGAGACUCUUCUUCCUGAGGAAGCUGAGGAAAUUUGGUCUGUCCACCAAACUCCUCAGCAACUUCUACAGGUGCACAGUGGAGAGCGUCCUGACAAAUUCCAUCACUGUGUGGUACGGGAACUGCACAACUCAAGACAGAAAGGCUCUCCAGCAUGUCAUUAAAAUGGCACAGUUCAUCUGUGGAGCUGUCCUUCCCCCACUACAGGACAUUUACAACACCCAGGCCACAAAAAGGGCACAGAGCAUCAUCAGGGACCAAACACACCCACAACACAGACUAUUCACACUCCUACCAUCUGGCAGAUGCUACAGGAGUGUGAAAGCAAGGACUACUAGACUGACAAACAGUUUUUACCCCCAGGCCAUCAGGCUUUUGAACCACGGAUUAUAACCACCACGGAUUAUAAUCACCAUCUACCUCUAUAUUUGCAAUUUUGCACAAGAUGCCCAGACACUGUUCUGCCACUGGCUGCAAGUCACGUGACAAUAAAGAGGCUCGCUUAGCUGGAAUCACCUUUCACAGGUUGCCAAAGAAGGGAAACCCGCGCCGUACUACCUGGAUUGUCAAUGCUCGGCGCAAAGGUCCCGGAGGAAAAGGGCUUUGGGAGCCUCAGAGUGACUACAUCUAUUUCUGUUCUAAACAUUUCACCCCUGAAAGCUUUGAACUCUCUGGAGUCAGUGGAUAUCGCAGACUGAAGGAUGACGCUGUGCCCAUGCUGGUGGAAAUCUCUUCGGGGCAAAAAGGCAAAUCCUGUCGAGGAAGAAGUAAAAUACGUAAUGAGGACAGACGGUUGAGCACCACGACCAGAACUGGUAAGGAGAGCUCAGAGAGUAAGGAGACCCAGAUUAAAGUGGCUCUGGUCCACGCUGUGAAAGAUGAAGAAGCUGAGAGCAUCAAGACAACCAAAGAAGAACCGAAAAAUGAAAAGGAUCCUCUGUUAUCUUUACAAGAAUCUGUGUCUGAUCGAAACCAGAUCCAAAAAGAAAUCCCCUUGACUCCACCUUCUCCAUCCCGCUACAUGAGGCGCCUCCCUCCACCUCCUGGCUUUUACCUCGCCAAAGAGCACAGCUAUGCUCAGCUCUGCCCGCUGGAGUGGCGGAAACGCUACGAGAAAGCCACGGACAAUUUGGAAAAGGCGCUGCGUUUGCUCAGGGCUGCCCGUCGCCGGGAAAACCGUCUUCGACUCACGCUGCUGCGUCUCCAAGAGAGCAGACUCAAGCAGACUUUAUAUCAAAUUCAGGAUCGGAAGAAGGAGAGUCACGAAAUCCAAGGUAGGUCAAGUCAGAGUCGUCAGACCAGGAAGCUGGCCAGAUCAGGACAGGACAGGAGUCUGGAAGGGAUGGAAGAGAACGAGAUUGAGGGCACAGGUGAAGAAAUUGAGCUUCUUACAGUUGGAGGAAGUUGGAGGAAGGAGCGAGCUGCUAAGCUGAGGGAUGGCGUGGAAGACGAAGAAGGCUGCUGUUUUUAUUGUGGACGAGGAAGAGAGGACGAAGAAACCAAAGAAGUGAGAUCUUCGAAAAGCACAGCGUUCCAAGGCAGAAGAGGAAGACCAAGGAACACGUCCAGUGUGUUUAGAGAGACAGUGCGGAACAUGGCUGAAUCAAAUCCUCCUGUGCAUCACAACAUCAAUCCUGAGCAGCUUACCCUUCUUCACUCUCAGCCUGAAAUGCUCCUGCAAAUGCACGCACUUCCUGGACCUACUCAAUCCACAUCAACGUUCCAGGAAGUCAGUUCUUCUAAACCUCAGCUACAGCACCUCCAUGUCCUGCAGCCCGAUCUGGGACUUCUCCAUCCAGAUCCAUCAACCACGGACACCAGCGUGACCCAGAGCGAGGACAGAGGAGGUGGGAUGUGUCAUGUGUUUUUGGUUCCUGUAUCUUCUGAAAGCAAAGAGAAGAGCAGGAUUGGUGGAGAAAGUGCGAUUCAGAGGUCCCAGUCGAUACUGAUGGCAGAAGAAACCUUCCAGGAUGUGGUUCACGAACAAGGAAACGAUGAGAGUGACGAUAUGGGGUUGAGUCAUUCCGGAAUGACAGGUAAUCAAAAUGACCAGCAGAUAAACGUCCGAGCCACGUUGGUGGGCGGAGACGUAACCCAGAGACUGAAGGAACAUCUGGAAGGUUUUCACCUACAGCUAAGCAGCGAGUUUACUGAUUAGUGAUGCUUAUUCGGUGCUGUCUGGAGAAAUAAUCACUACAUACUCGGUGCAUACUUUAUUACAGACCUUGUACCGUACACUUGCUCAUCGCAGUUAUAUAAUCAACAACAGAUAAAAUCUCAUCUCAUUAUCUCUAGCCACUUUAUCCUGUUCUACAGGGUC